CCUCGGAAACCGGAACAGUCCUUUAAAACCCAAACUCUGAGAAAAGAGCGGAGCCCAGCGACGGAAGAGGAGCAGCAACAGACGCCAAACGGGCCGACGCUUUGGGCGCCAGUCGCGCCAAAGCUAAUAAGGAAUCCAGCGACUCCGGCUAAGCCAGCUUUGAUAGACGCCUGCUGGUGGGCCAUGGCGGAGGGGACAGGCUGCGAGGCGCCCAAAACGUGCUUGGCCAAGAUAGUGAUGGUGGGUGACUCCUUCGUGGGGAAAACCUCUAUCCUCAGGCGAUACACCGACUUUUGCACCACCGGCCGCGCGCCAUCGUCUUCCUAUAUCACCACCGUCGGCAUUGAUUUUAAAGAGAAAACAAUUUCAUGUGAUAACACAACUAUGAAACUUCAAAUAUGGGACACAGCUGGCCAGGAAAGAUUUCAUACAUUUACUACUAGUUUUUUCCGAGGAGCACAUGGAUUUGUUCUUGUUUAUGAUAUCACAGAUGGAAAAAGCUUUCAAGGAAUUUCACACUGGAUGAAAGAUAUAUAUGAGAAAGUAGGUGAAGAUACAGACAUAAUACUGCUGGGUAAUAAGUGUGAUAAGGAAGCAGAACGUAUAAUUUCAAAAAACAAAGGAGAAAAGCUUGCUUGGGAAUAUGGAAUACCUUUCUUUGAGACCAGUGCAAAGGAUAAUAUAAAUAUUGAAAAUGCAUUUUCAGUUCUAGCCAAAGAAAUAUUGAACAAGAAUUCCCAUGUAUUACUCAACUUAGAUGUGGUGGACCUAAAUGAAAAACUACAAACAAGAUCUUGCUGCAAAUUGUGACUCUACAAAGAAAGAGAAAGCUACUAAUAUUAGUAACUUGUAUAUAUCAAAGCCUUGAAUUCCUAACAUAUAAAUUACUCAGUUAAAGCACUGAUAGAAUGGAUUAUUUAUCCAUUGACAUUUAGUUGCUGUUACAAGCCAAACCAUUGUACAUCAUGACUAUAAAAGUUAUUCAGAAUGGAAGAGUAAAAAAAAAAUACCAACUAUCUUUGAAUGUUGGCCAUCAUAGCUUAUUUAUACAAUAAACC